AUGACAUCCCCUCUUGUCAAUAUAUUCGUCGCUCCGGGCCUCUACUUAGCGCCCGAAGAUGUCGCAGGCGGCCCACCUGGUAUUGAAAGAUGCGGCGGCCCAGACAGAUAUUGCUACUUAGCACCGGCAAACCUCACAGGUAUAUGCGGCACAUGGCUCGGCCUUUCUGACCACUGCUGCUGGGUCGCAACCGUAGACGACUACAGGGCAUGUGGAGGCAUCUCUGGCAUUCGCGAUACUCCUUUCGAUCGAUUCGGUUCCUCAGACGCAUUCAAUUCUACCGGUAGUACCUGCCCAUCGGGAAACUUUAAGUUCUUCGAUUAUGAGGAGGUAGGCGGUACAAUUGCAGCAUGCUGUCCAAACGGCCAGACCGGUCAAGCGUUUUUCAUUACUGGGGCUAGUGAUAAUACCCAAUACAUCCUUGACGGUAUCAGGUGUGGAACUUUCGAUGUUCCAGGUGGAGUGCAAGUCCCGAUGACUGAACCUGUCCCCACCUCUACCUCAGGGAACGGGGGGUCUAUCUCUACCUCGGGGAAUGGGGGUUCAACUAGUUCGCGCGGCCCUAAUUCUUCACCUCCAACUACUGCAGCUCCGACGGGCGCGGGCACUACAUCAUCUACUGGUGGGCCGGCGACUACAACUUCGGGUUCCACAGCGAACAGAGUAUCAAUAAUGUCAUAUUUGGUUGUCGGAUCGUUUAUCUUCGGCCUUUUCUUCGGAGGAAAUUUGUAG